AGCCUUACAGUUUUUAGAGCAAUUCUUAUUUUUUAAAUUGCGACAGAGAACUGUGUAAUCGUAAUUAGUGAAAACUUUUACAAGUUGGUCGUAUUGUUUGGAUCAGUUUUUAUUGAGGUGUCUUUGUUUUCGUUGAUUAUUAACGUUGAGAAACACAAAUAUUUUACCUGAUCACAGCUCGACUGGCCGCAGGGAGGGGAUUGAGGUAUUGUGAAUCAGCAGUCGACAAGAGCAAUAUUCCCAGAUUUCACGGUCGUUGAAGAUAGGUCAUCAUGAAUGUUCAGGAAGGGGUGCAAGCCCCUCCCCCUAACUCCACUCCUAUAUCCUCGGCUGGUACAAAUGUCCAACGCCUCAUGCCAGUAUUGUACGUCAACCAGUCCAAUGUACGGCCCGUCUCGCCUUCCAGUCAACCACCCAAUCCUGGAGCUUCAGUUACCUCAGGCACAACCAUUCUCACAGCCAUGCCUCAGAUCCAGCUGGCAGGAGGAGGAAACCCUCAAUUGAUACAUUCCUCCCCAAACAAUAACACUUACACAACACACACGGCACAUUACAUCCCUGUCAGACAAGUGUACCAACAAGGUAAACCGAUAGCUACCAAGGACGUUGCCAAGAAAGUGUUUGUCACUUCUAUAAACUCUGGACCAAAUAACAAAUCCAACCAAGUCAACUUGAUUUUACCCAACAACCAGAACACAAACACGGGAAACAAAUCACCAAUCACGAGUUUGAUUCUUCCUCAAAUCGGAUCAAUGUCGAAUAAAACUCCAAUCACCGGAAUGAUUCUCCCGAAUAAUAAUUCCGGUGGAAACUCUAACAAGCCUAUGGCGAGUUUACUACUCCCAGCAAACACGAAGUACCCGAAUAUUGCUCCAAAUAAAAAGGUACCUAUUCCGAACAUCAUUAUACCACAGCAAAACAUCAACAAACAGACAAGUGUACCAAAUAUUAUCCGGCAAUCAAAUAAUCCGACUAACAAAAAUGUUGCUGUCGGAAUUUUUUCUUCCCAAACAAAUUCUAGUCCUCAAAUGACAAGUCUGCUACUUACCCCGAAUAACAACGCUAACAAACAGCCACCUACGUCGGUAGGGCUCAUCUUGCCAACAAGUGGUGCGUCACACGGAAUCAUUAUGCCGCAAGCUACGUCAGGUCAAACGCACGGAAUUAUAGUUCCACAGUCCUCUGGAGGAAUAAUUGUGUCACAAUCCACGUCUGGACAGACCCACAGUAUCAUCGUGCCGCAGUCGUCCAGUGGUAUUAUGGUUUCACAGAACUCGGUUGCGCAGAAUCUAGUUUCUCAGAUCAUCACCCCAAGUGCAGCUUCUGUGUCUCAGUCGUCUAACACUGCUAUGACCAGUUUACUCAUCUCAAACCCUUCAAGUGGUGGUAGCAGUGUAGGCUCUAGUCUGCUGAUCUCCCAGAACCCAGGUGCUUCUCCGGGCAUCAACAAUUCCAAGUCCAGUAUUAUGGUCCCUGUGCCCGUGGGACCCAACAAAUCCGUUCUGCAACCCGUCUCUUACACUGCCGGCAAGAAGAGUUUGGACUCUAAACUCAUAUUUGCAGCCAGAGAGAAUAAGCAGUCUUUGUUGGUCAAGACGGCCGGGGAGAGUUUGCCGAGCCUACCUCCCCUGCAGCCAAUCACAACUAAGUCCAUCCUCGCAAAGACUCCCAACGGAGUCACUGUGCCAGAUUCAAUCAUCAUGACUCCUAUCUGUGAAAAUGAGCUGCCCAAGAGGCAUGAAAAAAUAUCUGACGAGAUGAUAAUCGAACGUACUUCAAGCACUGAGGACAAGGGAACUGGGACAAGUAUGACCAUACAGAGAAUUGACGAGAGGAGUUGGUCGGAAGAAGAGAAGAAGAAGUCAGAUAUGAGCGUGACAGUUACUCCCUUUACUCCUAGGCGAGCGAGCGAGAAAGAAGAUGAAGGCCAAGAUUACGACAUCACCGUCAGCUGUCUAGGUCCUGUCUCAGUGGAGCCAGAAGAGAAGAAAACGGAGAAGAAACAAAUGGACGACGAGGUGAAGAUAGAAUUGUUGAAACCAGAACGUCAGAAACUGCCUCCACCCAGGUAUCAGAAGCCAGAGGACCUUAACCCAAUGGAGGUGCUGGAAUGGGACCAUCAAGGAGUGGGAAAACUGCCGGGAAGUAACAUCAAGUUUCGCAUUAAUGAGUUUGGACUGGAGUUGGUGGACAAGGACAGCAACAAAGAUGAGUCAUCGUCAAACACUCCAGUCUCUAGUCGACGCAACUCGGAUGACAAACCUGCCAACUCAGAUCUAAAUGUCAAAGAGACUCUUGGAGAAGGGGUGGACAAGAUUUACUGCUGCGAAGGGUGCGGUUGCUACGGACUCUACACAGAAUUUCUGCUGGAUACUCGCUUCUGUAGCGUGGCAUGCAAGAAGUUUGUCCUCUCUAAGAAGGAGGAGAAGAAAAGGCGACGGGAAGAUAAGUCUGGUUUACAGCUGAAGGAGCUACAGUUGCGGCGGAAAAGGAGAAAAAUAAAAAUACUAGCCCAACGAGCAAGACGAGGCAGCAUCGAUAAGAAAGCCAAAGAUAGCGAGGAUAAAAACGAGGGUGAUGAUGAAAACUCCAAGUGGGGUUCGGAGGUGACCGAGGUUCGCAAAAGGAAAAAAUCCAACGUCAGCAAAGAAGAUACGAGGACCGACCCUUCAGUGGCCAGUGAGACGGAAGAGAGUGAAAUCGUCUCUCAAUCUCCUACCCAGAGUGAAGACGACGGCUCGGACAAAACACAGAACUUGGACGGAGGGUGGACAAGUGCUACGGGCGAGUUCAUAUGGUCUGUUUACCUUCAAAAGUGCUGUAACAAGAGCAAAGCCGCUUCUGCCAAGCUCUUCAGAGACCAGUUACCCUUCGGCCGGAACGGUUUCAAGCAAGGCAUGAAACUGGAAGGCAUCGAUCCUGAACACCAAGCAAUCAUUUCUGUGUUGACCGUCGCCCAAGUCGUAGGACACAGGAUACGGCUGCACUUUGAUGGAUACCCGGAUUGCCACGACUUCUGGACCAACUCAUACUCUCCGGACAUUUUCCCCCCGGGUUGGUGCGAACGUAACCAACACAUGCUGCACCCUCCCAGAGGCUACACCUCGGACAACUUCAGUUGGAACAACUACCUCAAGCAGUGCCGGGCCCAGCCAGCGCCCAAGUCACUCUUUCCUCGGUCAAAUGCGGCACUCUGUCCGAGCCAGUUCCGAGUGGGGAUGAAGCUAGAGGCAGUUGACCGCAAGAACUCCUCCCUCAUUUGUGUCGCUAGUGUGGCCAGCCUGAUUGACAACCGAUUGCUGAUCCACUUCGACAGCUGGGGCGAUGUUUACGACUACUGGACGGACCCUAGUUCCCCCUACAUCCACCCGGUCGGUUGGUGUGAAGAAAACGGCCAUGACCUUACUCCUCCCAAUACCUACAAAAACCCCGCUACGUUUUCAUGGGACCAGUAUCUGAAAGAGACCAAGUCUGUGGCCGCACCAGCUAGAGCUUUCAAGCCGAGACCACCAAACGCUUUUAAAAUAGGGAUGAAACUGGAGGCUAUUGACAAGCGAUCUCCUACAGUCCUGAGGCCCGCUACAAUAGUGGAGGUGAUGGAAUACCAGAUCAAGAUCACCUUUGACGGUUACCCGGAAGAGUUUGGGUAUUGGGUAGACGAUGACUGUCCUGACAUUCACCCGGUCGGGUGGGCCAACAAGACCGGGCACCCGUUAAAACCUCCUCCUCUUGCCUCAGCUGUUAAGAGCGAGUGCGGCACCAAGGGGUGUACAGGAGACGGCAGCAUUAAGGGAGGUUUCCUCACCAGGCACGCCACUGCGGCACUGUGUCCUUACUCUUCGCAGAACCUCAACAGAGAAAAUGUACCUGACAGAUUCUGUGUCAAUCCUGACUUCUACGAGGUUCCUGAACCAAUAAUCAAUAAGAAUAAAGCCAACAGCAUUAAACAAGAAACAGAAGAUUCUAGUUCAGAGACAAGAGUGAAAACAAGGCUUUCGUCGUCUUCGUCAUCGUUGAAAGAUGAGUUAAAAGAAGAACCUGCAGAUAAAAUGGAAGUUGAAGGAAAAACAGAAGAGAGAGUUGAACGACGAGGUCGGAAAAGGAAGCAGCCAGAGCCCGAGAGUGUAUCGGAACAGUUAGACCGUCUAAGGCGAGAGCUGGUACAGACAGUAUUGGACCCUGGCUACAAACCCUCCCCUGACGAACAAGAAAUGUGGGUCAAACACGUCGCCACGCUGGGUCAAAGGGUGAGUGCAACUGGGGGAGACCCGAGAGCUUGGAACCACAAACAAGUUGCAGCUUUUGUCAACUCCGUCAUCCCCAGCCGAGCCAAACUGUUUCUCGACCAGGAAGUCGAUGGAGAGGCAUUUUUGAUGAUGACACAAGCAGACCUAACCAAAGUACUUGGCUUGAAGCUCGGACCAGCUUUGAAAAUCUACAACUGUAUUAUUCUUUUAAGACAAAAAGUUUCAAGUUUAUGAGAUUUUAUGUGCAAUGACGUACAUAGUUUGUAAAACAGAUCCUUAUACCUAUUUGGAAAAAUCAUUUACAAAUGCUUUUUGGAAUGAUUUUUAAAGAAAAUAUACCAUUUUUGUAAAUAUCUUAUUACAUCUUUUUUAUACCACAUAGAUUUGUUAAGUUUCCCAAGUUUAUUUUGUCAGGGACUGAGUUUACAACUUAUCAAAAGACUUUUUGAAGUAGGUAAGUUUAUUUUUUGUAUUAACAAUCUGACUUUUGUAUAUAUAUAAAUAGUUAAGUAAUUGUUACUUAUUUUUGUUUGUGUCGUAAUGUUUACAAUGUUUAGUUUAUAAGCAUUUUGUGUAAUAAAAG